UCAUUUUCUUUGCGAAGCGUUUGGCUUAUUUAUUUGUUUCUUGUUUGUAUCCCUCGUUCUUCAAAUACAAUAUGCUUUUUUAACUAACAUAUUCGAAAGCCCAUUGGACAGUACAUAAAAAGCAAUGGCAUAUGAAUUAGCUAGUUUGUUAAAUAGCCUCGGCCAAGCGAAUGUAGAGUAUUGUGUUUUGUGUUUACAAACUACGGAAAAACAUAAAAUUUCGUGCUCCGAUUAUUUGAAUACGAUUAUUGAAGAGCUGAGGGGUCCUACUACAUGGACAUGGCUGAAAACCACUUUCGACAACUUGAAUGUGUGUCAGGUCUGCGAGGUGCUUUUGGCUAAAACGAUGAGAAUCUUACAAAGAAUCAGGUUCACAGUAAAAUUUAAUAGAUUAAUGAAAAUGCGCAAUGAUGCAGACAAUUUAUUGAUACUUAAUACUAUUCUUGAAGGGUUGGACUCUAAUCAGGACACUGUGCUCCCGUUCAGCCACCAGCAGCGCGCGGCGGCGGUGGCGCGCGAGUGCGCGGAGGCCGCGCGAGCCAUGCAGCCACUGCACGACUUGAGGAAGACCGAGACGCUGGUCGUAUCAUCUAAUGCUGCCGGGACGACCUGGGACUCCCACAAGCAGUUUUCCCCGCCCCCCGCGCCCGCCCCCGCGGCCCCCGCGCCCCCCGCAGCCCCCGCGCCUGUAGCCAGCGAGUGCAACUACGUCAUAGAAAACAAUAUACAGCUGAAAGACGGAAGCAUUCAACUGAAGGAGGAGGAUGAUGAUGUUAUAAUAAAACCCGAACCGGAACCGGAUGUGUUCGUCAUAGACGACGACGAGGAACCGGAAGCGCCGCCAUCGCCGGUCCCGGCCGAGCUCUACUCCAGCCGGGACCUGAGCGAGAGACUACGAAACUACCUCUUAAAAAACCAAAUCGACCCAUCCAUGAUCACUAAAGAAACCCCCAUAAUUGACGACCCGCUAAAAACAAACGUUAAAACUGUAUCCAAUAUGCCUAACCUCAAAAACGUGGCAGAUUUACUCGUUAACACAACAAACCCUAUAAUUCUGCCUAGCGAAGUGACGGGCGGUAACCAGAUGUUAGCGAUCAAAACGCCAGACGGAACCGGGUUUGUGUUGCACCAAAUAGUAACUGCUGCGUAUGGUGAGCUUUAUGUACCCACUGUUCCAGCGAAAAUUGUUAACGGAGAGCUAAUAAUGCUGAACAAAAUUAUAUGCUCGGGCCCUGUCGAUCCACCUACUAUUAUGCCUAUAAUUAUUAACUCACCUACUCCAGCCCAAGUUAUACCGCCACCUACGGUAAAACCAACUCAGAGGCAAAAGAAAACUCUGUCAGACGAAGAAUUGAAGAGUCUGAGAUACAAUUUGUACAAAAUCGCACCGCCUGGGGAUAACCCGUUACCGAUAUAUAAAGGGAUCCCCCCAAUUAACACUACAAGUUCACCAAAUGCUAACACAAGUGGUACAGUUAGACUUAGAGGUUAUGUCCAAAGUCAAACUAGUACAGUCAAACAAAUGAGUGUAAAUACUGGUGGUAAUUUUAGAGGUCCAGGGAAUAUUAGACCGAAAACUCAACCAGUGGGGCCAAGGUCUAUAACUAUAGCGAAUGGAGUCGUAAGUGGCAAAGCUAUACCUACAACGCAUAGAGGGAAAAGUAAUCAAAACCAAGAAAGUGAUAAAGCUACCAGUACACAGAGGAUACAAGUGAAACCUUCAAAACCGUUCGCCACUCAGAAUAAGGUAGUCAGCCAUAGAGGCACAGAAACGAGAGAAUCUAUGGAAAUUCCUCAGAAAAUUCAAGUUAUUCCGUCGAAUCCGUUUGCUACACAGAGUGGGAGCCAAGACGUCCAUAGAGAAAAGGAAAUGGCGUCGAAACGGAAGAAUGAGGAGGCAACGCUAGGUGCGGAACCUGCUAAAAUGAAAAUGGACGAUAGCAUCGAUUGGGAGGCCAAAAUUCCCAUGGACGUCAUCACGUAUAUGGAUGCAACGGACCCGCUAGCUGAACUGCCACAGAAUCAAAUUUCGAACUCAGGCAUCGGAGGCAUUGCCAAUGUUUAUUCUGAGACCGAAGACCGAAUAGCUGCAGCCUCCAUAGAGAACGAACUAAGGAGGCCACAUAACAGUGCGUUCGAUAUUGUUUCUAAAGUCAUAAGCAUUGAUUGAACUUUUUUCGUUGUUUUUUAAUGUGAAGAUUUCGUGGUGUCAUCUGCAUGUUAUUUGCAUCUUUGACGACGGCAGGGUGUUGUGGUUAGUGUUACCCUGACUGCUAUGCCUAAGGUCCCGGGCUCGAUUCCAGGCCUGGGCAGAUAUUUGUACUGGGGUCUUGGAUGUUAAACUGUAUGCAGACAUAUCAGCUGUCAGCUAACCAUAUUACAGGCUCUGCCUAGAUUAAGGUCGGAUGGCCGUGUGUGAGUUGCCCCUACAUAUUAUUAUGUAUAUGGCUAUGAGUGUAAAAAGUGUAAAAGUCAAAAUAAAUACAUCAUUAUUGAUACGCGCCGCGUAUUUUGAAACUAUACAAG